UUUGCUAUGAAGCCGUGUCCCAGCCAGGGCUUUGCAGAGGUUUUGCCCUCACCCUUCUUCAUUUCUUCUCUUCCCCGCAUCGCCUCCAAUGCAAACAACCACCAAGAGAUCAAAUAGAGGAGCAGAGGCAUAGCGACAUCUUAUUCUUUCUUUUUUGGUCCCCCACCAAGCAAAAGAAAGAAAAAGAAAAGGAAAAAACCUGUUUCUCCUCCUCCUACUCCUUCUCCAGUAAGAGUUUGUUUUAGUGCCGGGUGAGGAGGGGAUGGGGGUGGGGGCGAAGGUGGGGAAACGGAUAGCGGAUAUGGGGUUCAACGCCAGCGGCGGGGUCAUCAACUGGUUCCCUGGCCACAUGGCCGCCGCCACUCGGGCCAUCCGCGACCGCCUUAAGGUUGCCGACCUCGUCAUUGAAGUCCGCGACUCUCGGAUUCCAUUAUCCUCAGCCAAUAAAGACUUUCAAAGUGUGCUUUCCUCUAAGAGACGUGUAAUUGCUCUAAACAAGAAGGAUUUAGCAAAUCCGAAUAUAAUGCAUCGUUGGGUUCGGCAUUUUGAUUCGUGCAAGGAAGAUUGUCUUCCAAUCAGUGCACACAGUAAAAGUUCUGUCACCCAGCUUCUUGCGCUUGUGGAAUUAAAGCUGAAAGAAGUGAUCUCUAGAGAACCUACACUUCUUGUCAUUGUUGUUGGCAUUCCUAAUGUCGGCAAAUCAGCUCUCAUUAAUUCCAUCCAUCAGAUUGCAACUUCUCGUUUGCCUGUGGAGGAGAAGAUCAAGCGAGCUACAGUGGGACCAUUGCCAGGUGUUACGCAAGAUAUUGCAGGAUAUAAGAUUGCAAACCGGCCUAGCAUAUAUGUGUUGGAUACACCAGGUGUGUUGAUGCCUAGCAUCCCAGAUAUUGAGACAGGUUUAAAGCUUGCUUUGACAGGGGCUGUAAAAAAUUCAGUUGUUGGUGAAGAGCGUCUUGCACAAUAUCUUUUGGCUGUUCUAAACACUCGGAAAACACCCUUACAUUGGGAGCGUUUGGUGUGCUUGGACAACUAUCAAAGAGAAGGACCAGAAACUAUGCCUGAUGAAGAGAAUAACAUAUUUAAAGAUUCAUCACCGAAGAGGAGAAGGCGGUUGAAUGAGUCUGAUGUGUUAUAUAUUGAGGAUGUUGUCAAGGAAGUACAGCGGACAUUGUAUGUUACAUUUAAAGAAUUUAAGGGCAACUUGGAGGAAGAGAAUGAACUAGAAAGUCUAAUCGACACACAGCUUGCAGCACUCAGAAAAUCAUUCAGAAUACCGCACAAGGCAUCUGCUGAAGCUCGAACAAUGGUCUCCAAGAAGCUAAUAACUUUAUUUAGAAUGGGGAAACUGGGCCCCUUCAUUCUCGACAAUCUUCCAAACACUUCAUAAUAUGUCCCUUGCCACUCAAAUGAGCAAAAGUGUCAAGUAUUUUAUAUAUGCGAUGUUCAAAAGAGCCAUGAUACUCAUACCUGACUGCCCCUUUCCUUUCUCUCUCUCUCUUUUUUCCCCUCUGAUGAAUGGAAUGAAACAGGUUAAAGGAAACAAAAAGGGGCAAUGCAAAAGCAAACGAUCAAAUAUAACUUAAAAAAUUGGGGACAUAGUUAACUUA